GGAUUGAUUAUCACUUCUCUGUAUCUCUUUCAAAUAAGAUCAAAUGGCUAGGAUCAGAAGAAGAAUCCAAAAGCACCAUAUCCACGAAAAACACCACGUCGGUUUCUUUGGAGAACGUUUGAUCGUCACGGUCACUCAUACUACAUCAGUGAUCCGCCGAUGGAUCCAUAGUAUCCGCUUCUUCAGCCGUCUUCGCUCGUCACACCCUCUCGUUGUUGGACUCGACGUCCAAUGGACACCCCGAGGUUCCGAUCCUCCACCGGAUAUUCUCCAACUAUGUGUUGGUAUCCGCUGUCUCAUCAUCCAGUUGUCUCACUGUAAGCGCAUGCCUGAUGUCCUUCGAAGUUUCUUGGAAGAUGAGACAAUCACUUUCGUUGGAGUCUGGAACAGUCAAGACAAGGAUAAGCUAGAGAGAUUCCGCCAUCAGUUGGAUAUAUGGAGACUUCUCGACAUAAGGCAUUAUCUGCCUACGUGGCUCCGCAAUAGUUCGUUUGAGAAGAUUGUGGAGGAGUGUUUGGGGCACGAGGGAGUGAGGAAAGAUAAGGAGAUUUGUAUGAGUAAUUGGGGAGCUCGCAGCCUUUCUCAUGAUCAGAUUGUUCAGGCGUCACAUGAUGUCUAUGUUUGCUGCAAGCUUGGUGUUAAGGAACGUCUCUGGAAAGAGAGCUCAAAUCUUUCUUAUGUUGGGGUGUGUUUCUGAGGAAAGAUAUUUUAUUCGAAAAUAAUUAAUGUCUUUUUUU